CCCCCCCCAUUCAUCAGCUCGCACAGCAGAUCGAUGCUUCUGUAACCUAUCGCCUGCCAGUGUGUCGUUCAUGCAGGUUAAAUGAAUACCUGACGAAAGGGCCCACGUUUCAAGACAGUGACAUCUGAUAGCCAAGAGGAAAAGUGGCUUUAAUGAAAAUCAACCUUUGGAAUUCCUGCUUGUGAAAUAUCCCAUUCCACAGCUCGUGUUAGCAGCAAAGACAUGAUCAGCAGCACCAGUGUAUAUGGCUUGAAGAUGCAGUGGACGCCGGAGCAUGCUCAGUGGCCAGAACAGCAUUUCGAUAUAACUUCAACCACUCGGUCACCAGCCCACAAAGUGGAAGCAUAUCGCGGCCACUUGCAGCGUACCUAUCAGUAUGCCUGGGCCAAUGAUGACAUCUCAGCUUUGACAGCAUCAAAUCUACUAAAGAAAUAUGCUGAGAAAUAUUCUGGAAUUUUGGAUGGUUCCAUGGAACGGCCCAUUCUCAGUAAUUACACUGAAGCUCAAUCAGGUCUUGUAAAUGGCCGGAAAAAUGAAGGUGAACCUUGGCAGAGUUCCUUAAACUCAGAGGGCAUAUAUACUAUGAACUGUGUUACUGAUGUUAUUGCAGCAAGCAAAGCUGGAGUAGGAGCCACUAUACCUCCAUCAGAUGUUUCUGCCAGCAUAGGUAGUUCUCCUGGGGUGGGAAGCAACCUGACAGAGGCUAGUUAUUCCAGUAGUACAUGUGGAAGUCACACAGUACCAAGUCUGCAUUCAGGGCUACCAUCUCAGGAAUAUGGAGCGGGAUAUAAUGGAUCCUACUUGCAUUCAAGUUACAGUAGCCAGUCUGCCUCUGCACUGCCAUCACCUCACCCAUCUCCACUUCAUAGUUCUGGACUUCUGCAGCCUCCUCCUCCACCCCCACCAUCUCUAGUUCCAGGCUACAAUGGGGCCUCAAACCUAUCAAGUUACAACUAUCCACCUUCUGCUUAUCCUCCACAAUCCACUGUUGGGUCAGGCUAUAGUCCUGGAAGUGCACCUCCUCCUUCUGCUUACCUCCCAUCAGGGAUUCCUGCUCCUACUCCUCUCCCUCCCACUACUGUACCAGGCUAUAGCUAUCAGACCCAUGGGUUGACCCCGAUAACACCAUCUUCUUUGUCUAACAGUUCUGCCAGCUCUCUUAAAAGAAAAGCUUUCUACAUGGCAGGACAAAGUGAUUUAGAUCCCAGCUAUGGGAAUUAUAGUUACAGCCAACAGAGAACCACACAUAGCCCCAUGUAUAGAAUGACUGAUACAAGUAUUUCUAACUCAAAUAGGGGAAAUGGCUUUGACCGAAGUUCUGAAACAACAUCAUUAGCAUUUAAGCCAACAAAACAGCUUGGGCCUGCUGAUCAGCAAAGGAAAUUCAGUAGUCAAUCAACUAGAGCUCUUACCCCACCUUCAUACAGCACUGCUAAAAAUUCAAGAUCAAGUGAAACUUUUGGAAAAUACAACUCUUCUACAAUUAGUGAACACAAUGAUGACCACAGGCAAAUGCUCCCACACCCACUACAAGGUCCUGGAAUUCAUACAGCUACCUCAUCCAACCACUCUGUGGACGAACAGCUGAAGAAUACUGAUACACACCUUAUUGACCUUGUAACAAAUGAGAUUAUCUGCCAAGGGCAUCCAGUUGACUGGGAUGAAAUUGCUGGUCUUGAUCUAGUAAAGGCCUUCAUAAAAGAAGAAGUAUUAUGGCCUGUAAUUCGAUCAGAUGCAUUCAGUGGACUCACUGCUUUGCCUCGAAGCAUUCUUUUAUUUGGACCUAGAGGGACAGGCAAAACGUUACUGGGCAGGUGCAUAGCUAGUCAGUUGGGUGCCACCUUCUUUAAACUUCCUGGCUCUAAUAUUGUCACAAAGUGGAUUACCGAAGGUGAAAAAAUUGUCCAUGCAACAUUCCUUGUUGCAAGGUGUCGGCAGCCAUCAGUGAUUUAUGUUAGUGACAUUGACAUGCUUCUUUCUUCCCAAGUCAGCGAAGAACAUAGUCCUAUAAGUCGGAUGAGAACAGAAUUUCUUAUGCAGUUAGAUACUGUCCUAUCUUCUGCUGAGGACCAAAUAGUUGUAAUCUGUGCCACAAGUAAACCUGAAGAAAUAGAUGAAUCUCUACGGAGAUACUUCAUGAAAAGACUUCUUAUUCCUCUUCCUGACAGCACAGCUAGACAUCAGAUAAUAAUACAACUGCUAUCACAGCACAAUUACUGUCUCUCUGACAAAGAGGUUGCACUCCUUGUCCAGCGCACAGAAGGUUUUUCUGGACUGGAUGUGGCUCGUUUGUGUCAGGAAGCUGUGGUAGGCCCUCUACAUGCCAUACCACCUUCAGAGCUUUCAGCCAUUAUGCCCGGCCAGCUGCGACCUGUAACAUAUCAAGACUUUGAAAAUGUAUUCUGCAAGAUUCAGCCUAGCAUAUCACAAAAAGAACUUGAUACAUAUAUUGAAUGGAACAAAAUGUUUGGGUGCAGUCAGUGACAUACUUGAAACAUUGUAAUAAAUGCUGGCACACAAACAUAGGUGAUAUAGGGAAUUGAAUUCCUUUUUUGGCAGUGGCCUAAUUGUGUAAGUUACCAAGACAGCCCAAGCAACCUUGCAUCUGCAGAGUGAUGGUAGACUUGAAAUAAAUGUGCAUCAAACAGCCAAUGUUCUGAAUUGAAUCACAUGGGACAAUGGGUAUGUGUUGAUGCUUAGUUGUGUUCAAGCAAGCCAACACUCCAAAAGACGUAGGGUGGAAGUAGGUUGACAUUGGAACAAUGUAAACCUGUUUGUUGAUCCCAUUCUGCUGUUCUUGAGAUUUAGUUGCUGUCAAGUGCCUAAAUUGGUGCUUUAUUUUAUGUUUUUCUUUUGCCUCACAAUUACAUUGGUGGCAUGUGCUAAUAUGAAAAGCUUUAACUUCAAACAUUACUGGACUAUAGAUCAACAGUUGAGUUGAAAAACAGAGAACAAGAUUUUUUGCCAUUUUAUGAGCAACAGUAUUCCUCAAUCCCGUCUGUUCUGCAGAACAGUAAAAACAGGGGAA